GGGGGGGGGCAGCUGGGCGCAUGAGGUUCGAUACAGAGCUCCAAUGUGCGUGCUGCAGGGGUUAUACCACAAAUAGAGCGCCGUCACUAGGGGCCACUGGGGGCCAGCCAUUAUUACGUUCUUCCGUUUCGCUAUCGGUAACAGCGGCGGCGGAUGGCAACUGGCCUGCAGCAGUAGCCCAGCAGCAGCCAGGAGGAAGGGCUAAUAGAACACUGCGUGCAAGUUGACGACGAAGUUUAGGCUAAGAGCGGACUACGUGUCAGAGGGCGCCGAAGCAGCGCGAAAACAAAAUAAGGGAGGUGAAGAAGCAAAACACUAAUUAGAGGGUCAAGAGGAUGCGAGGAACAAGUUUUGGUGAUCAGUUGGGGCUCUGUUCAAUCGACAUGGCGACCCUUCACCCGAAG